UAGUGCCCUCUUUGGUUUGACAACUCGUUGCUGACAAAAAGUUAAUGUUCAUUUUUUUUACAAGAACGUGAGUGCGAGUUCCCACAGCCAAACAACAAUAAAAGGAUUGUUGAGAUUGCUCCGCGCAACUCCCCGGAAAGAGAGCGCCAUAACCCAGGGACGCCUGUGCCUGUGCCGUGACUGAUACCACUCAUUCCCGCAGACGCCGACGCCAACCCCCCCAACGGCAGCAAAAUGUCGGACUACAGCGACUUGGACCGCCAAAUUGAGCAACUGAAACGCUGUGAAAUCAUCAAAGAGAAUGAGGUGAAGGGCUUGUGCGCCAAGGCUCGCGAAAUUCUCGUUGAGGAGGGUAACGUACAGCGUGUGGACUCCCCAGUGACGGUGUGCGGUGACAUACACGGCCAGUUCUACGAUUUGAAGGAGCUGUUCAAGGUGGGCGGCGAUGUGCCCGAGAAGAACUACCUAUUCAUGGGUGACUUUGUGGACCGUGGGUACUACAGCGUUGAAACAUUCCUGCUCCUGCUGGCCCUUAAAGUGCGCUAUCCGGAUCGCAUCACAUUGAUACGCGGCAAUCACGAAUCUCGCCAGAUCACCCAGGUGUAUGGCUUCUACGAUGAGUGUCUUCGCAAAUAUGGCUCCACAGCCGUGUGGCGCUACUGCACGGAGAUCUUUGACUACCUCAGCCUGUCGGCCAUCAUUGACGGCAAGAUAUUCUGCGUCCACGGCGGACUCUCGCCCUCCAUUCAGUAUUUGGAUCAGAUCCGUAGCAUCGAUCGCAAGCAGGAGGUACCCCACGACGGGCCCAUGUGCGAUCUGCUAUGGAGCGAUCCCGAAGAUCAAACCGGCUGGGGUGUAUCACCACGCGGUGCCGGCUACCUCUUCGGCUCGGAUGUUGUCUCGCAGUUUAACAGGACCAACGAGAUCGAUAUGAUAUGUAGGGCCCAUCAGCUGGUCAUGGAGGGGUUCAAAUGGCAUUUCAAUGAAACCGUUUUGACCGUGUGGUCGGCGCCAAACUAUUGCUACCGUUGCGGCAAUGUGGCUGCCAUUUUGGAACUGAACGAGUACCUGCAUCGUGACUUUGUCAUAUUCGAGGCGGCACCACAGGAGAGCCGGGGCAUACCAUCAAAGAAGCCCCAGGCUGACUAUUUUCUCUAAGACUACAACCACAGCCACCGCCACAGCUACAGCACAGCCACUAACACUACCACGUCAGAGCAGUAGCACCGGCAAGUGCCAAGGACUUGCCUGACUACUCCGAACUUGAUCCUCGACGUCCAUGUCGCACCGUUGGACGUUUUGUGUGUACGUGUGUGUGUGUGUGUGGACUGGAACACCUCGAUUUUGUUAGCCGGAAAACAACAACAAGAAAACUAAUGAAAAUGUACUGCCUGCCUUCCCAAGCAACAACAAACGUGAAAAGCAAUUGCGAAAUGCAAAAGAAAAUCAUUUUUAGAUUAAAUUUAGCUAAGGAGAACAUCCCAGUCGGGGAGAAGCCCUCAUCUGCAUCCACAUUCGCCUCCGCACGUCCCUGUUCUGCUUUGGCAGCUGAAAAGAAAAACCCCCUCCUUCCAAAUAUAAAUUAAGCUCUUUUCUA